ACUCAUAUGAUUCUCAUAAUCUCAUACGCUUGCGAUGGUAGUAUGGUAUUCUGUUAUUCUGUAAUUGUAUUAGGCUUGUUCCUACUUUUAAGACUUAUUUUCGUUAAUGACAAUGUACCAACUACCAAUGAACUAUAUAAAAUUGGCUGUUAAUUAUAUUUUCGUGUUAACGUCUCUUUAUCCAUGAAUCAUGACUAUAUUUUUAUAGGUUAGGUAUUUUAAUGAACCGCCAAUUUUUUGUUUUACAGUCAAUAGUGAUUAGCGCCAUUAGCGGCAUUAUGCAGUGGGUUAAAUCUAAAAUGGUUAUAUUAUGGUAAAAUUGGUGUAUUAGCAUUGAAUAUCGAUGAAUGCUGAAUAGUUCACUCAGGAAUAUUGACUUGUUGCGUUGUCGCAAUGGCAUAUGCCUUAUAAUUACGUCACUCAGAUUUUGCACACAUAUUAUUACGAAGAAACAACAGAAAUCCAAAGGUCAAUUCCACUAUACUAAAAAAAAAAAUCAGUUUUCUUGACAACUCUUCUAUCCUUUUCAAAAAUGGAGGACUUAGUAAAAUCUACUGUAAAGAAGAACGACGUGACUGAUAUUUCAAGUACAUCAAGUUUCUUUGAGGGUUGCAAAGACUUGGACGAUUAUGCUUUGGAAAACACUCGGGUCUCCAAACGCUGUCGAUAUUUAUAUCCUGAUACCAAGAUAUGGCCCAUGGGUUUUGGCUUAAAUACUUUAGAGUAUAAACGUAAGCAAAAAAAACAUCAAAUGAGUAAUGACGAUUUUGAUACAUUACCAGAAGAAAUAGUAUUGAAAAUUUUUCAUUUGAUGGACAGACGCACAUUAAUAAAAUGUGCAUUUGUAUGUCAUAAAUGGCGACGUAUUUCAUAUGAUGAAUCCUUAUGGCAAUGUUUAAACAUACCUUCUCGUCGGAUGAGCAUUUCAACAUUAGAAAUUCUUCUUGGACGCAAUAUCAAAUACUUUUCUACUUCUCAUUCAAAUUUCUAUAUUUUUGAAAACCAGUAUUUAUUUAAAACACCACUUCCCAAGUUACAGUACUUAGAUUUGAGCUCUGUAUUCAUACACGUUAAAACAUUAGGUUCAUUAUUGAGUCAAUGUUCUAAUUUGAUCAAACUGAGUUUGGAAAACUGUUCUUUAGAUUCUUUAUGUUGCCAGUACAUUGGACUCAAUACCAACUUAAAAGUACUUAACUUAGCUUCAACAGUUGGUCUUACCCGAAAUGGCAUAGAAUACAUAUUAUCUCUCCAAAAUUUAGAAGAAUUGAAUGUAUCUUGGGCUGAAUUGGAAGAUGAAAGCUUACAUUAUUUAACAGCCAAUAUGAUACCAAAUAUAAAACGCCUUAACAUUAGUGGAUUUUUGAAGCGGUUAGCAGAUUUUGAUUUGUCAAGGUUGAGUGGCCGUUGUGUGAAACUAAUUGAAUUGGAUAUUAGUGAUAGCUUAGCUGUUACUGCGAGUAGUUUGGAUAAAAUCUUAGAGGAAAAUCAUCAAUUAAAAGUGUUAUCUAUGAAUCGCUGUUAUAAUAUUGAACACCCUAGACUUUUAAAUUUAACCGAACUUUCUAGAAGGAGAAGUGAUCAUAUUAUGAAUUUAUAUGAGGUGAAUUUGAUGGGUUUAACACCUAAUCGAAUAUUGACAGACUUAGCUUAUAACGCAGAGAUGAUUUUGAAAAUGAAUCAAGGGAUAUUUUCUGGUAUUAGCCGUCCAAAACUAGCUUAUAAUGAACAUACCGUUUGGGAAAUCCCUGCUCCCAUAGACUGCUAAUACUUUAUUCGAGGUAUAAUAUUUAAUGUUCCAUUGCCAAUAUACUGUGAUUCAAGUUGUUACACACCAUUAGAAUAGCUAUGUGCAUUUUUUUUAUUAAUUCCAAUAAUCUUGGAAAAUUAACUACUAUUUUUAAUUAUAUUAACUAAUAAUAUUAUUGAAUAUGUUGGGUAAAUAUUUAUGUUUUAUAAUUUUUUAUUUGAAUAUUUACAACAUAGAAAUACAACUUGACUGAUUGUUU